AUGGAGCAACCUUCGAUGGCUGAAAAGGCUCCAACUUGUCACCGCCGCACCACGGGCCAGGCCAUAGUGGAGUCCACCACCAUCAAGAGCCCCGUCAUGGCAGUGUGUCCCAACUUCAUGGCGUAUCCAGUCAUCUUGGUGGAUCUCAGCACCUUGCCCACCAUCACAGAAGGCCUACUACCAUGGGGUCCUAUCACCCUGAGCUACCUCACCACCACGGUGAGCACCACCACGGCAAGCACCACCAUGGCCACCAUGGGCACCAUGUGGAGCACCACCACAGUGCACAUCCUUACGAUCUCCCCCACAGAGAGCACUACCACGGGGAGUACCAUCAGGACCUCCAACAAAGUCCAUCCUCAGGAUUCCUCCUUUAACACCUCAGAAAGCUUGCCUAAAGGAGAUGAGCAGUUUCAGAAGCGCGGAACUGGCCCAGCCCAGCGGACCCACAGGAGGCUGCAUGCUGUGGACCUCUUCUAUUGGUUGCGGGAAAAAUUAAGCUUCUUCAUUUGGGACAUCCGGAGAAUGCUCAGGAGACUGACUGAGUCCCUAGCCUUCGAAGGCUUCAUCCUCUUCAUUGUCUGCCUCAACACCGUCAUGCUCGUGGCCCAGACCUUCGCUCAAGUUGAGAUCCGGGGCGAGUGGCACUUCAUGGCUUUGGACUCCAUUUUCCUCUGCAUCUAUGUGGUGGAAGCUGUGCUCAAGAUCAUUGCUCUGGGUCUCAAGUAUUUUUCUGACCCCUGGAACAAACUGGAUUUCUUCAUCAUGGUCUUAGCUGUGCUGGACUUCAUGCUCAUGCAUCUCAACUCUCCCUCCAUCACACACGCCGUCUACAACCAAAACACCUUCCGGAUCGUCAAGGUCUUCAAGAGCCUGCGAACAUUGCGGGCUAUCUGGGUCCUGCGGAGGCUCAGCUUCCUGACCAGCCUCCAGGAAGUGACUGGGACCCUGGCCCGGUCCUUGCCGUCCAUCACUGCCAUCCUCAUCCUCAUGUUUACCUGCCUCUUCCUCUUCUCUGUGGUGUUCCGGGCGCUAUUCCGCCAAUCUGAUCCGAAGCGCUUCCAGAACAUCUUCACCACCAUCUUCACACUCUUCACCCUGCUCACCCUGGAUGACUGGUCCCUCAUCUACAUGGACAGCCGGGCCCAGGGUGCCUGGUACAUCAUCCCCAUUCUCAUGAUUUAUAUCAUCAUCCAAUACUUCAUCUUCCUCAACCUGGUGAUUGCUGUCCUGGUGGAUAACUUCCAGAUGGCCCUGCUCAAAGGCCUGGAGAAAGUGAAGCAGGAGGCCACCCAGGUCCACGAGAAUCUACUGGAUGACUCACUGAGGGAGCUCAUUGAAGCAGAGCCAGAAGAGGCGCUGAGUGAACACACUAGACAGAAGCAGCUCAUCGAGAAAAAAUUUGGAACCAUGACUGAGAAGCAGCAGGAGCUCCUGUUCCACUUCCUGCAGCUGGCGGCUGGGGUGGAGCAUUACCAGCAGAAAUUCCGCUCCCAGGCAGCUGUCAUUGAUGAGAUUGUGGACACCGCAUUUGAGGCUGGCGAAGAGGACUUCAGGAGGUGACCCUGGAAAGGCAGCCGCGUCAGACUUCAGCCCGUGGCAGGCUGCCCAGCCGGUGGGUCGGGACAAGAUAGGCUUGAAAGAUUGUUGGGCCUGCAGGGAUGGGCCCCAACAGAGUUUUAAAACCCCA